AUGUCUGAUGUGAAAAUAAAAUUCGAUUGGGGCGACGCCAGUGUGGAUCAGCCCAUGCCACAGGCCUUCAAGGAGAAGGAGGACAUCUACGAGGGCAAGAGGAAGCAGCAGCUGAGCAAGUGCCUCGAGGCGGAGCGCAAGCAGCGCGAGUUCCACAGCCGUCCAGUGCCCAACUUUCCCCAGAUCCACGAGCGCCAGGCGGCCAAGCCCGUCGUCCACCGUGUCACCCAGCCGGUCACCCCCAACGUGCUCAAGAACUCUGCUCCGGCAGAGAUGAGGCGCCGCCAGCGGCUGGAGUUGGAGUCCUCGCGUCCAGCUCUGAAGCCUCUGCCCAGCAACUUCAAUGCCCAGACCUCGCAGAAGCAGGAGGCCCGUCGCCAGCAGCAGGAGCAGCGCCUCCGUAAGGAGCGUGAGGACUACCAGAAGCACCGCCAGUUGACCACGUUCCGGGCUAGUCCCAGCCCGUUCAGCACUACGCCACGUUAG